GUGUGCGUGCGACGUCGGGUUUUUCGUCGUCGCGACUUUUUUUAAAUAAACUGGAGGCAUUCGCAAAUAAUUUAAGUCUUAUUGAUCAGGAAUUUGUGCAUAAUGUCGGUUGUGAUAUUGAGCUGUUUGUGAAGAAGCGCCUAAGUAGUGGCGUUCUGCUCUUUCCACCUGUGGGCAAUUACCGCCGUUAUCUCAUCCACCAAACAUGUGAGAAAUACCGCCAGCAGUACGAUCUGUUCACCUUCUCAGUGGGCCAAGGGCCGCAGCGCCGCACAGUCCUGUGUUUUCGCAACCAACUCCUCGAUCCACAGGGUUUUGAAGCCCGCAAGCAGCAGCAGCAGAGGGAUAAGGAGCGGGAGCGGUACCAGCAGACCCGUGAGAGGGAGCGAGAUAAGGAGGCAGCGAAGAGCUGGCGGAGCAACAACAAUUCACACGGGAACGGCAGAAGCAGCAGCGCCAGCAGAAGAAACACAACGGAGCUCUGUAAGAUGGGCGUUAAGAAGCAUAUCAGCGAAACACCAUUAAGCAAAUCGAACUCGGUGGAUUUAUACAGACCGCCAGCCUUAAGGAACAACAAUAGCAAUAACAACAACAGCAGCAGCGAGGAAGCAGCUGCAGCGAACGAAUCAAUAACAACAAUAAUCACAACAACAGCUGCAGGAACAGCGACAUCUGCAACUACAAAUCCUACCUCUAUAGGAUCCCCCAACAGAGAGCAACAGGCGGACUCCUCAGCAGCGGCCACUCGUCGCGAACGCCGUCCCGAUCGCGCUGUUUAUGUGCCAAGGGCACGUCGCAGUCAAACCACACCACCGACCACUACAACGACAACAGCUACAGCGGUUGUAACAACAGCAACAGCAGCACCAGCGGCAAUUACGACAGUGGAAUCACCACCAGUUGCAGAUACAAACUCGAGCAAGACGGACGACGCCAACGGUCAGCAGCUGUCCAAAUCGAAGAAAUCGAAAUCGCAUCGCGAGCGCAGAGAACGCGGCAAGAAAUCGAACUCUAUAUCUGCAUCUACAACAGCCGAUAACGCCACUGUACUCGUUAUAUCAGGAACUGAAAACGAUACUCAAUUAAACCAAGAGAACCGACCGGCCAAGCCAGCGGACUGUGAUAAGGAGAUCAUGAGUGGAGCCCAGCGUACAAAGCCAGGCAAUGGUAACAAAUCCACCAGCAACGGCAGGUCCCAGCCAUCGCCGCCAUUGCGCAUCGAGGAUGUGGCGGUGCCCAGGACAACCAAUGGCGAGGAGGCCGCCAAAUGUGAUAACGAUGUGCGCGAACUGCAGCGAGCCUCAAAGGAAAUCAAUCGCAGCAAUCGUCGCAUCAUGAAACAAACAUUCGUCUCGGAUGUGCUAGAGAUUCCCGAAAAAAUCGAAACGGCGACACCCAAGGCAAGCCAAUCUCCUCUAGCAUCAGCCACAGCGAAACCACCUGCAGACAGCACCACUGAAGAUGAUGACGAGGAGGACGAGGACGACUGGGAGAACAUGUUUGAUGAAAGUGGUGACUGCUUGGAUCCCAAGAUUCUCCAAGAACUGAGUGAAUCUGUUGGCAAGUGCAAAAUAGAGCUGCCCAAAAUGGACUAUACAGUCUUUCACAUCAAGCAACAACUACUGAACGAAGAGGAGUUUCCCCACGUUCUGGAGGUAUCCAAUUUCCCAGUGGAGUUCAAAACGCCCGACCUGUUCAUGCUUUUUGCCCAGUACAAGGGCAGUGGCUUUGACAUUAAAUGGGUGGACGAUACUCACGCCCUAGCUGUGUUCAGUAGUUCCCGCAUUGCUGCUGAGGUGCUGACGAUGGGACAUCCGUUUGUCAAGUUGAAGCCACUGGCGGAGGCCACGUUGGAGUCACGACUGAAGGCUAAGAAGGCCGGAGCCGUAUCAUUGCAGCCGUAUCGCCAGCGUCCGGAAACAUGCACGGCCUUGGCGCGGCGACUGGUUUCCGGCGCAUUGGGGGUAAAACUGCCCACGGCGCCGCAGGAGCGGGAGAACGAGAGGCGGGUACUACGUGAAGCCAAAGAACGCAAACUGUUAGCUGCCAAACAGCGGGACGAAGUCUGGGAAAGCUAGGCCGCAGCCCGGAAGAAGGCAAGGUGCAUUUUUCUCCAACCCAUCAAUCAACAGCUGCGACAGCAACCACAACAUGAAGAUCAACACUAUCACUACCAACCAUUAUCCACAACAAAAAAUUUCUCAAUCGAAGCUAGCAAAAUAUAUGAGUAAUUUGCAUGCUAAGAAAUGUACUUUAAAUGUUCGCUUUUUGUGCAAUUAACACAGAUUUUUGCUCAAUUUGUUGUAGUUUUUAAAGGACGCAUGAUAAUGAUGUAAUGCAUAUUAUAUCAUCUAGGAUGUAAGAGAGAAAUAUCUAUAUUUAUUGGUCGUAGCAAGUAAACAUGCAUAGAUAUGUACAUGUUGUUUUAACUCCAGGCGUAAACCUUAAUUUUUAAGCGCGAGCAAUUUAUAUAUUGAUAUAUAUUUUAAUAAAGUUUAUAGCGUAAGAAAAACUAA